GUAAAAUCUAGAGGAUAAAUCAAAACAGACAAGAUGGCGUCGCGAGUCGUUGGAACGGUGCGAGCAGUUGCCAAAAAACGACUAAUCCCAACCAAGGCUCCUCUAGUAAUGACCCAAGCUGCAGUAAUGCAAGUGAAGAAAUUACUCACAGAAAACCCUGACAUGAUUGGUUUAAAGAUCGGUGUGAAAACAAGGGGAUGUAAUGGCUUAACAUACACAAUGGAGUAUGCAAAACAAAAAGGAAAGUUUGAUGAAGAAGUUUCACAAGAUGGUGUAAGAAUUCUCAUCGAUGCAAAAGCUCAAUUAACAUUACUUGGAACAGAAAUGGACUACCAAACAGACAAAUUGUCUGCUGAGUUUAUAUUUAAUAAUCCAAACAUCAAAGGGACAUGUGGCUGUGGAGAAAGUUUCAGUGUAUGAAAUUUUAGGGAGAAUCUGUGAUAUGUGCUUUUGUAAAAGAUGAGUAUGAAUGGAGUGGCAUAUCUAGAGGUUAGGGGGUUGAAGGGAUUGCAAUCCCCCCCCCCCCCUUUUGGUUGGAAUUUUUACCCAAUAAAAGGUUAUUUUCUGCCACUUUGGGGGUUGCAAACACCUCUUUGGGGUGGAAAAAAUAAGAUGGACACUCGUCUCCCCUAGAAAGAUUUCUGGAUCUGCUCUUUGAAUGGAUUUCUCUUUUAUGUGCGUAUAUUUACAUGUAGGUAUAUUUUGUGCCAAUGAAGAAAAUACAAACAAAAAUCCUGUACACAUAUGCACAAGUGCUAAGAUACUGUUGAGAAUAGAUGUGCAUCAUAUAUGUUGAUGAAAAUAUUUGUACAUGGUGAGACUAUUUUGCUUUGUUAGUGUUUGUAUGAGAAAAGGAAGUGGAUUCCUCUCUUGUGUAACAGUUAUCCUAAUGAUGAGGACUGGAUAUUGCUAGAAAUUUUUAUAUUUGAAUAUCUUGAAUUAAAUCAUAAUAUUUUACAUGAAGAAGAAUGAAUUAAUAAUAAACUUUACAAAUGUUUCAAGUCUUUUCCAUUUAUUGCUUGAUAAGAGAAGACCAUGCAUUUCUGAUUUCAUAAUUUUCAAUAGUCUAAUGGUCCCGGAGGAGAAAUUGUCAAAAGAUAAAUUUCUUGCUAUGAAUUGAUAUUUCAAAAAUUUACUAAUUAUAUUGCAAUACUCUUAAAUUUCAAUAUUAUUGCCCAGAUAGUAAUGAUUUAUAUGUAAAAUGAUUCAGUGCUUAUGAAAAUGUUUUUCAAUGUGAUUGUGUGUAUGGCUUAGACUAUGUAUUUUUGAGAUAUACAUAAUGAAAAUCAGGAUGUUUGUUUUUUUAAUUUAUUGAUGUAUCUGAAUAAAAAAAAUUCUGAUA